GAUUGGUCGUUCCGGGGACGGCGGCGAUUGGCAGAGGCCUCGUUGGGGCGGUCUCUAAAGAGGAACAGGAGGAGCUUCUCGGAAAGGGCGCGCAACGAGGUCCCGCCUCCACUUCUGGGAUUAAAUAAACGACUGAGGCGAUUAAUUGCUUCGGCUGCGGACGGGCUCGGAGAGCGGUAGGCCGCCGUCUGAGGGGCGGAGAAGGAAGCCCGAAGCCUGGUCUGGCGAGCGGACGCUUUGAGGUGGAGGCUGUAUCCGCCUCAGGAGGAUCGCGGCGGAUGCAGGAAAGAGGCGCCGCCCGGGAGGAGGAGGAAGAGGAGAGCGGGCCGCACCGAGCAGCCCUGCCCAGUCCCGGCACGGCUUCCUCUGGAGACGGCGGGGAAAGGCCGGGGGGCUCCGGAGCUGCAGGAGGGAGGAGCCCAGGGGGAUCCCAGGAAAGGCGGCUGCCUGGAGGGCGAUGCGGGGAGGAGGAAAUGGGCGGAGACCCCAAGAUUGGCGUGGAGGGCAGAGGCUCCUUUGGAAGACCCCGAAAGCCCCGAAGGAUCCAGAAGGAAGCAAAGGAACAUCAGUGCCCGGAAUGCCAAAAAUCCUUCAAAAAUAAUGAAAAUCUGGAAAACCAUCUAAGGAUUCACUCAAGAGACAAACCAUUUAAAUGCCCGGAAUGCGAAAAAUCCUUCAAAAGAAACGACCAUCUUGAAAGCCAUCUAAGAAUCCACUCAGGAGAAAAACCUCAUAAGUGCUUUGAGUGUGGAAAGAGCUUUAGUCAUUUGGGAAAUCUUUAUAGACAUCAAAGGAUCCAUUCCGGAGACAAACCACACGAAUGCCUGGAGUGCGGAAAGAGAUUCAAUUUGAGGGAAAGCCUUUAUAGGCAUGAAAGGAUCCACACUGGAGAAAAACCAUACAAGUGCCUGGAAUGUGGAAAGAGCUUCAAUGUGGUCGGAAACCUUUAUACACAUCAAAGAUUCCAUUCAGGAGAAAAGCCAUAUAAAUGCCUGGAGUGUGGAAAAAGCUUCACUCUGAGUGGACAUUUUUAUACACAUCAAAGAAUCCACACAGGGGAAAAACCCUAUAAAUGCCUGGAGUGCGGAAAGACCUUUACUGAGGGUGGACAGCUCCAUAACCAUCAAAGGAUCCACACUGGAGAAAAGCCAUAUAAAUGCCUGGAGUGUGGAAAGAGUUUCAGUGAGAGCGGAAGUCUUUCUAAGCAUCAAAGAAUCCACACAAGAGAAAAACCAUACAAGUGUGUGGAGUGUGGAAAGAGCUUUACUGUGGGUGGACAGCUCCAUAAUCAUCAAAGGAUCCACACUGGAGAAAAACCAUAUAAAUGCCUUGAGUGCGGAAAGAGCUUUACUGAGGGUGGACACCUACGUCGACAUCAAAGGAUUCACACUGGAGAAAAACCGUAUAAAUGCCUGGAGUGUGGAAAGAGCUUCAGUCAGAAGGGACAGCUUUAUAGACAUCAAAGAAUUCACACAGGAGAAAAAUCCUAUAAAUGCCUGGAGUGUGGAGAAUCCUUCACAACAAGCAGAAAACUCAGAAAUCAUCAAAGAAUUCACCUGGGGGAAAACCCCUAAAAAUUCAUGGAGUGUGGAAAAAGUUUCAGUCAAAAUACGUUUCAGUAAAAAUUAUAAACUGUACACACAGAAGAAAGUUUUUAAAUGCACAGUGUGUGCUAAAUCCUUCAGAACAAAUGGCAAUUCCAAAACCACCUAAAAAUCCAUACGGGAGAGAAACAUAAAUGGACUGAUUGUGGCCAGCAAAUUCUGCAGCCCUGGAUCACAUGCACAAGAGUUUCUCUAGUGCUAAGAACCUGCUUAAGUACUUAUCACAGACCUAAUUACAAUCCAAUAAGACACAGGUGUGGAUAUUGCCCAUUCAACCUGUGGAUGUAUACUGUAUUAUCAGCCCAAACCUUCAAGGAUAUGCAAACUUGGAAACAGAACCAUUUUACUAUUUUUUUUUUAUUAUCAUGGUUUAUUUAAUAUCCUAACUUGUGAAACCUAAUAAUAUUGAUUUGAAUCACA